AUGGAAUCUCUUCGAACGCAGUCACCACUUGUGAAAAUCGAAAAGCGUUCCCAAGAGCCAGAAGCAUCAGUAGCGCUUGCUGCUGUCGCAUCUAUACCGCCGUCCCCAGAGAAGCCUCUCCUUAAACCAGAAUCACCGGGGCUGAAAAGACGACAAUCUCAGGAUCCUCCAACAGCUUCCACCAGUGUCAGUCAUACAAUACAACCAAAGCGCUCCCGUUCAGACGAAACCAUCAAGAUCUUACCUGCAAAAUAUGAAUUCUGCCCCGUUGAAGACAUGGUGGUCCUGAUAGCAAACAUGAUUCAGGAACUUAUUCAAACCAACGACAGCCUCCCACUGCGAAGUGGGGUUCUUACGCGGUUCCACUCUCGAACACCGCCUGGCAUCUCUGUUCUCGACUACCUCAAUCGACUUGCAAAACAUGCUACCCUUACACCUCCACUUCUUCUUUCUAUGGUUUAUUAUAUAGAUCGACUUUGCUUGCUCUAUCCCGCAUUCACGAUCACAACACUUACAGUGCAUCGGUUUUUGAUCACAGCCGCUACCGUAGCCGCGAAGGGCUUAUCCGAUUCGUUCUGGAACAAUGCUACCUAUGCUAGAGUAGGGGGCAUCAAGAUAGCAGAGCUGGGACUUUUAGAGCUUGAUUUCUUAUAUAGGGUGGAUUGGAAGAUUGUGCCGAAUCCCGAGGCACUUGUCGAAUAUUAUGAAGGAUUGGUGGAAAGAUCACCGGGCUACGAAAUCGAAGAUACGAGUUCAGAUGAGGAUGAUGACGAUGAAGAUGAUAGCAAUGAUCUGGGUUCAAGCCCAGAAGUCAAGACUGAGGACAUCAAGUCUGAGCCCACUACGGACACGCAGUGGAAAGCUUGGAUGGAUGAUGUCUCUAACGUCAAGGCAGAAGGGUCACAUGAAAGCAAACCAGCAUGA